AUGGCUCGCCAGAUUGAGGGAGCUCAUGCGUGGAUGGAGAGUCUCACUCACCAGCUGUGUACCAUGCCCCCGAAACAAGCCGUUCUUAUGCUGGGCGGACCCUUGGCACUUUGCAAGGCCCACUGCACUAAAAUGUUCGAAUAUUGUGCUCGAGAAGCAUCGCAGAUUUUCGGUGGUAACGCUUACACGCGUAGCGGCUUGGGAGAAGUUGUUGAGAGGCUGUAUCGUGAUGUCCGGGCCCUGGCUAUCCCUGGUGGCUCGGAGGAGAUCAUGUUGGAUCUGGCAGUUCGUCAAGCGAAUGCUCAAUAUAAGAUGGCAAUUGCUGGAAGGCUCUGA